AGCUUAAUGUAGUGCAAUUAUGUCUCCAAUGCUAAACCCUGCAAUCUUUAUCUCAGUACUGAGAAGAUGACAGUGAGUGAGCGGAAAUAAACUAGUUUGUUGUUUUGUAUUGAAGACGACCCUUUUGACCCCCUCGACUAGUCUAUAAAAUGGCAUGGGAAGCUCAUGGUGGUGUAGGUUCCAUAGAAGGCUCUCUUCUGCUUCUGGCCUCGUUGAGCCCCGCCGCGAAAGGAGGAGGAGGAGGAGGAUGAGCAGGCGCAGCGGCCACGGGGAGAGCCAGAAUCUGGACCUGAAGCUGAACCUGGCGUUGCCGUCGAGGGGGGACACCUCGAGAAGGAUGGCUACCACCGGCGGCGACGACUCCCCUCGUGGAUCGUCCUCCCCCAGCUCCUGCCUGUCGUCGGAGGCAGACAGCCCCGAGGGGCCGUCGAUGGUGCUCGCCGGCUGUCCACGCUGCCUCAUGUACGUCAUGCUCCCCGGGGAUGAUCCCAAGUGCCCCAAGUGCAAGAGCGCCGUCCUCCUCGACUUCCUCCAUGACACCACCACCACCAAGAAGUCCAGGAAGACCUGAGUCCCCCCUGCACCUGCUACCGUUCCUUCCAUGAGAAAGAUUAGCUUCUCUCUUCUCCCUCCUAGCUUUCCUUCUCUUUUUGCUUCAGCUGAUGUAAGAUGUGCUAAUCUUCUCCAUAUCAUGCAUCUAAUCCAAGUCGCGUGUUGUUUCUCAUGAGGCAAA